AUAGGCUGGUUGGGGGAGAAAAACGAGAACAGGCUACAACGGAGGAGCGCGCAUCGCGCAGGAUUGCGCACAGAGACGACGUAGUCGCGACAGUGGCAACGCGGGCGCGACUACGACCGAGAAGAUGCAUUGAAGGAGCCUCAGUUUCCCAGUUAAUUUAGGACCGGGCGCCAGGGCAACUAUAACGAAAAUGUCGAAAAUGAGCGUGAUCCAGUCCGGGUACGACGGAAGGGAAGGCGGCAGAGGCAGCCUCACGGACAACAACAGCGGCUCCCCGAGGCUCCAGCAGUGCGCUCAGCCUCCCAGCAGCAGCAGUCGGACCAAAGAUGCCAGAUACCACCAGCAGCUUCAGCAGCAGCGGCAUCAUGGUGGGUCGAUGCUAAAACAACCAUCCCACAACGAGCCAGCUGAUGUCGUGAGGCGGGCGCUGGACUUCAAGACCCAAGGAACCCAGUGCUAUAAGGAUAAGAAGUACCGAGAGGCGAUUGGCAAGUAUCACCGCGCUUUGCUGGAGAUCAAGGGGCUGUGCAGGGUGCUAGGGGAUCCCGACGACACCAGCUCCAAGUCCGCGUCCUCCCUCUUGCCGACCAUCAGCAAGUCCACCACUCUGACAGAUGAGCAGAAGGGGGCCAUGGAGAAUGCAGAGUUGGAGUGUUACAACAGUCUGGCCGCUUGCCUUUUACAAAUGGAGCUGGUGAACUAUGAACGAGUGAAAGAAUACUGUCUCAAAGUGCUACACAAAGAGGGGAAGAACUUCAAAGCUCUUUACCGCUCUGGAGUGGCCUAUUACCACCUAGGAGACUUCCAGAAGGCCCUGUACUACCUGAAGGAGUCACACAAACAGGAGCCAUCAGACACCAACGUCAUCCGCUACAUCCAGCUGACAGAGAUGAAGAUUCGCCGGAAUGCCCAACGGGAAAAAAAAGAGGCGACAUAAGCCCUCGUUUUCUGAUGACUUCUCACCUGUCAUAAAUUUCAGCCCACUGUGUGCCACCCGGACCUUACACGCCACCAGUCAGAGGUCUUGGUGUCAAACAAUGUUAUGUUUACUUUUGCCUUGCACAGCAUCUAGUUGCCAGUUAUGUGAUUGAAGUUCACCGUUGUGUGCUUGAAGCGGUUUUUUAAAUAUUUGUACCAGACACUGGGCUUCUGUCACCAAACAACACCCAAACCUACCUAGUAUGAAUCCUUCCCAAGUAUGUUUUCACCAUUACAAACUGAUACGCUGCCAGUCCAAACACUGCACACACAGGCCAACACUUGUGAUAGAGACAGGAGCACCAAGGUCCACAGAGUGAGUCCAACAUGUCUGAAAGUGAGUAACUGUAAAUUAGCACCUGCCCUCGCACAAGAUGUGAGUAACAACCACCUACACUUUGACAUUUGAAAGUACUACAAAAAACAAGAUUUUUUAAAAAUACUUUGAAUUAUAUCUGAAUAAAAGGUGCUUUCAGUAAGUACGUUUCUAACUCAAAAUGUGGGGCACUGACAUCAAGAGCACAUGGUUGCUAAAUGAGACAUAUCACAAACUGUAAAUAGGCUACUUUAUAAAAAUCACAAAAAUAUAUUGGAGAGGUAAGCUAUGUAAGUUAUGUUUAUUAAUGCAAAAACGAAGCACUCCAUCCACAGCAUUUACUGUACAAACAAAUACUGUGUAUUUAUUGUAAGGGUAUGUGUGUAAUAAAUGUCUAUUGAUUAAAAUAUUUUUGUGGUGUUUCCCCUCAGUUGUCCAUUUUCAUUUUCCUCCUACUGCACGUCCUUCAUAAGCUAAAAUAAAUCUAUGGAUAAGUGUAAAUGUGUAAAUAAAGAAGUGAAUCGAUGAUUAGGAAAAAGUCCUGCAGUACAAACGACUGUGACACAGUUCAGCUGUUUUCUAUGAUUUUACUCAAACCAGUGUGUUCCAGUGCAAAUGCAAGUGAGUCAGUAACAGUAUUAUUCCCCUUGUGAACAAUGUCUGUCAGCAACACUGAGAUCAGCUUAUUUGUGGUAACAUUCCAAACAGAUAAUGACACCUUGGCUAUACCUCGGAGGGGUGCUUCAUUUCAACUAGCACCCAUGGUUGAAAUACUGAGUUUGACCAGUGAGCAGGAUCACAUUCUGCAGAGAAAAAGCAUUCACAUUUACAUGUAUAUGGAGUCAAACUUACAGUAGAUACAGAUCACAUCUCAGUGGAUACGACCCUCCUGGCCGCGAGGUCACUUGAUGGGAAAAUAAGGUGGGACAAAAAGGCAUCAAGACCGGAGUCAGAUAGUGUUUCUAUCCAUUAUUUUUAAAUAGGUGACAACUAAUUAGCUCUUUUUACCCGAUAGUUUGACAGUAGGUGGCUCAGACAACGACCUCUGACCUACCUGAAACUAUGCCCAGCUUGCAGGUUUAAACAAACAGGCGAUAUUAUUUGCAAAUAAUCAAAAUCUUUUGAAAACAAUAUUUAAGCCCAAGCUGAUCCAAACAAACCCAGGUCACAUAUGGAAACAAAAUGAAAGCAAUGUGCAGAACACAGUUCUAAUACAUUUAGCUCAGCAAAACACAUUUUUGGGCCGUUUUCAUUAUUGAUUAAUUUGAUUAUUCUAAUAAAAAUGUCCCAUCGUUAAUUAAUCAACUUAUAAAUUCAGCUGAAGUUCUCUAUUCGGACUGAAACUAUUUGUUGCACCUUGGUGAAGAAACCGGAAAUUCCUGAUUGAUUGA